CAUUAUUGGGGCUUAUUCCCACAAGCGCGCACAGGACGGCGAACCAAAGCACCUCCUCUUCUCCUCGCUGCUGCGCACACCCAGCACUCCUCCCAGCCCAGGCAGCUUCCUAAAGGCUCCUCCUCCUCUCAUAUUCCGGGACUACGGAACAACUAAGGCGGGGACUGGCGGGAGCUCCGCCCCAGAAACCUCCGCGGCCGCCGGUUGCCUUGACAGCUCCGCCUCGGGAUUUAAGGGGGCAUUAGAUUGGCCUUGUUCGGGACAAGAGGGAGGAAGAGAGAGAGAGGAAAAUGGACGAUGCAUCACAAAGCUGGAAAACAUGGGCUUUAGAGUAGGACAGGGUUUAAUUGAAAGAUUUACCAAAGAUACAGCCAGAUUCAAAGAUGAAUUAGAUAUAAUGAAAUUUAUCUGCAAAGAUUUCUGGACUACCGUAUUCAAAAAGCAAAUUGAUAACCUCCGGACCAACCAUCAGGGAAUCUAUGUGCUUCAGGACAACAAAUUCCGCCUCCUGACUCAGAUGUCUGCUGGAAAACAGUAUUUGGAACAUGCCCCUAAAUAUUUAGCAUUUACUUGUGGAUUAAUCAGAGGUGCUUUAUCAAACUUGGGAAUAAAGAGUAUUGUGACUGCUGAAGUCUCGGCAAUGCCUGCAUGCAAAUUUCAGGUGAUGAUACAGAAGAUAUAGGACAUGUAUAGAAACAAUAUUAUGCUCUGUAAAAUUGCAAAAUAAAAUGUAUAUUUUAUUUAUAA